AUGUCGUCUGUAGCAACUGCUGCAAGUUCCCGAAAGCUCAAGCGUUCUCGGCCCUGCGACGGAUGUGCUCUUAGAAAGAUCAAAUGUUCGGAUUCUAGACCUUGUGCUCGUUGUCUCAACGAUGGAAUACCUUGCACCAAUAACAGAAUAAUAAAGAAGUCUGGGCCCAAGUCAAAGAAGCUCCUGGAUCAGCAUUUCUUCCCAGCGGAACCAGUUACAAAGGGACUUAUUCCGAUGGACCUUUUACUUCCAUGUCUUCAGGUUUAUCAAACAUGGUACUACAGUAUGUGGCCCGUAUUAUCAGUGACAGAUUUUGUGACUAAGCUUUCAACUAUCUCGCCGGGAGAACAUCUCUAUGAAGAAGGUUCUAUUUCGUAUGCCCUAUGUUUAGCCUUGUGUGCUGCUAUCUCCAAACAGACUACAUUCAUUAGCGAAAGCUCAACCAUAUCCAAGCUCCCUUCUGGAAUCCAAGCUCGAGAUUACGCCUUAUUGGCUCUCAGAAUACGAAAUGAGUAUGAACAUUCUCUCAAUCCAACGAGUGAGACCUUGUUAACUUCUUUCUUCUUGUGUAUUUAUUAUUUCAACAACAGCGGAGGAAAAGCUGCUGGAAUCACAUACUUGAGAGAGGCUAUUUCUAUGGCCCAAAUCAUGCGUUUACAGGAUGCAGCUACUUAUUUGGGAAAACCUCCUGCUGAAGUUCAUCGUUUGCGGAAAAUAUACUAUCUUUUAUUGGUCACAGAGAGAUUUAUGUGUAUACAGUUUGGCUUGCCAAUCAUUCUAGAUCCUAGUAUACCGUUCCCAAUGUAUGAUGGUGAGGAAUAUUCUGAUCUCUUGACUGGGUUCACUGAACUCGUUAGAAUAUUUUCUGUUCCUGAUCGUUUAUUCUUUGAAAAAAUGAGUGCCUCGCAUAGCAAUAACACAUUUAGUGGUAACUUUGAUUACCUCGAGAAAUUCUUCUACUUGCCGAUUAAUAACAUCACAGAAGGUUGGGUGGUGGAUGUAGAUAAAGGGAUUAAAGGCAUAUCGAUAACGACUAUGGCCACAGAUAUCCAGAAGGUCAACUUGUUACUCUCUAAGCAUUGGAUGAGAUCUCUUGUUUGGCACAUUGCCUUUCAGAAUGGACUCCUAUCUAUCAACCGAGAAGAGAAUGACUGUUUAAGUGUAAAGUAUCCGGUUACUAUUGCCUACGACUUCUUGACUUCGACCAGCAACUUGCCCACGAAUGCAUUUGAGUAUAAUGGUCCAGGCGUGAUUGUUAAAUUAUUAGAAAUUGCCAAUGGUUUGGCUGACACAAUGAAUGACUUUACAUAUAUUAGGAAUAGUGUGGAUACGUUUGCAUGCCUGAACGCUAUGACGUCGAUAUUCUGGCUCAUCUCCAAAUUCAAGACUAAUUUGGUUCUUCCGUCGGAAUUGUAUAAAAAGAUCGAGGGCAUAGUCAAUGCUAAUCCUAUACCUAGGAUGCAUUUCUCUCCUGUCUCCAGUCCAGAAAUCGAAGCAGUAAUUGAAAAGAAGAUAACGUCUGAUGCCUCUUGUAGUGACUCACCUGAGCAAGCCCUUGGAAUAGCUGCAUGGACUUAACGAAUGUAUUCAAAGUUUUACCUAAAGUGCAAAUUCACUCUAUAGGUUGAUUUAAAUACAUCUCGUAUCCCAUUUGCGAUGUAUUUUGCAGCUGUGACCUAUGCGAGUAUUUGUUAUAGAAUCAAAUAAUGAUAAAUGUACAAAAUUAUUUACAG